AUGCCCAGCGUCAAAGAGGCCGUCAAGCAAUCCUUGGUGGGCAGCUCCGAUGAGCUUCAGCUCUCUCACCAGAUCAAGGCCAACUUUCACCACUAUGCCCGCAAAGACAACCAGUCUGGUGAGCUGUACAUGCUCGAGGAUGAUUUCAUCAAUGCCAUUGCCCCCAAGGAUGAAGACUAUCACAAGAUUAAGCGGGAACAGUACUCCAUCCUCUUCCAAGUUGCCGAUACGCGAAAGGCCGGGAGAUUGACCCUUGCCGACUGGGCAACUUUCGAGAACCUCCUCGCUAAGCCCGAUGCCGAGUACGAGAUUGCCUUCCGUUUGUUCGAUGUCGAGAGAACUGGUACCGUCAAGUGGGAGAAUGUGGAGAGCUUGUUCAGUCAGAUGAAAUCCCAAGAGAGCAUUCCCUUCGACUGGAACUCCGCGUGGGCUUCGCUGUACACGGGCAAGAGCAAGAGCCGUCAUGAAAUGACCUACCCGCAAUUCGCCCAGAUGCUGCGGGGAUUGCAGGGAGAGCGCAUUCGGCAAGCAUUCCAUAUCAUGGACGCUGAUGGCGAUGGAUACAUUGAGCCCCAUGAGUUCCAGCGCAUCAUCCUCCAAACAUCCAGACACAAGCUGUCCGACUACGUCUUGGAAAACCUGCCCAGUCUGUGCAAUGUCUCCGACGGUAGCAAGAUCUCCUACGCGACGGUGCGCGCUUUCCAGAACGUCAUGAGCGAAAUGGACAUCAUCGACUUGAUCGUGCGCGAAGCAACCCGCAAGAGUGACGACGGUAAGAUCACGCGCACUGACUUCCUGAACGAGGCGGCCCGUACCACGCGCUUCUCCCUUUUCACCCCGAUGGAGGCGGAUAUUCUGUUCCACUUUGCUGGUCUUGACGCACCAUCCGGCCAGUUGGCCCAGAAGGAUUUCGCCAAGGUCGUUGAUGCGUCAUGGCGUACCCCGUUCGCUGUUGCCGGUCAAGCUGCUUCUACCACUGCGCAAAAGGCCGCAGAGAGCACCAAGUCGGUGCUUUUCAGUGUGAUGGAAUCGGUGCAUCACUUUGCGCUUGGUAGUCUUGCGGGUGCGUUUGGUGCGUUCAUGGUGUACCCCAUUGAUCUGGUCAAGACCCGUAUGCAGAACCAGCGGUCGACGCGCGUUGGCGAGAGACUGUACAACAACUCGUUGGAUUGCGCACGGAAGGUCAUCCGGAAUGAGGGAUUCACUGGCUUGUACUCUGGCGUUGUCCCCCAGCUGAUUGGUGUUGCGCCGGAGAAGGCCAUCAAGCUCACUGUAAACGACCUGGUUCGGAAUCAUUUUACCGACAAGGACACUGGCAGGAUAUGGUACCCUCACGAGAUUCUCGCUGGUGCUUCGGCAGGAGGAUGCCAAGUGGUCUUCACCAACCCCCUUGAAAUUGUCAAGAUUCGCCUGCAGGUUCAGGGUGAAAUCGCCAAGUCCGUCGAGGGUGCUCCUCGCCGCUCUGCUCUCUGGAUUGUCAAGAACCUGGGAUUGAUGGGAUUGUACAAGGGAGCCAGCGCUUGUCUUCUCCGUGAUGUUCCCUUCUCCGCCAUCUACUUUCCUACCUACUCCCACCUGAAAUCCGAAAUGUUCGGUGAAUCCCCCACCAACAAGCUCGGCGUCGUCCAGCUCCUCACCGCCGGUGCCAUCGCCGGUAUGCCCGCCGCCUACCUGACAACACCCUGCGACGUCAUCAAGACCCGUCUACAAGUCGAAGCCCGCAAGGGCGACGUCCGCUACACCGGCCUCCGCCACUGCGCAGCAUCUAUCUGGAAGGACGAAGGCUUCGGCGCGUUCUUCAAGGGCGGCCCCGCCCGUAUCGUCCGUUCCUCGCCGCAAUUUGGCUUCACCCUGGCCGCCUACGAAGUCCUGCAAAAGUGGCUCCCCAUGCCUGGCUCGCAGCCUGAGCCUUCCCCUAGUGGCCAGAUUGAGCCUGGUGUUGGCUUGCAGGGUGCCAAGGCUCCUCUGCCGUAUCUGCGCUCGCGGAACGCGUUGAAGCUGCUGCUUGAUCUGAACGAGAACAUUGGCCAGGUUAAGGUUCCGCAUAAGGAGCAGUGGCCUAAGUUCCUGCAGGCCAAGCAGUAA